GCAUACAUUGUUGCUCUUUGGUUUACUUGACGCCUAACGAAUCCAGGUGGACCAUCAAUAUUCCUUCAAUAACGAGAUGUUAUUGAGCCAAUCUUUGUUGCUGCUCGAUUUGAUUACGCGACUAGGCUAUGUGCUAGAAAUGUGUUUGUGUAUUUAGCAACUCUUUGACUUUCUGAGUCAUCUGAUCUUAUCCAACAAUAUCAGUCAUGCUAUGUACAACUAUGAAUACAAACAUGAUAUAUUCCCACAGCUGUGGAAACCUGCAGGCUUUUCUGGGUCAUUGUCAUUAUCAUCAAUCAGUAGCAAACUCCUUUUCCACAAGCAAAGCAAAGCGUAAGCAUAAAAGCUAUAUAAAUGCCAAAAUCCAACCUGAUAUCUCCAAUUCCUCACUUUCAUUCCCCUCCCUCCCAUCUCAAACUACCACUCCCACAUCAUCCAUCAUGUCCUCAUCCUCUGAUCCUCCAGCCCACAAACCCACGGUCACAAGCACAGCUCUGCACACUAUGGGCGCCUCGCUAAUCCCCUACCUCGACAUGAAAGUACACCACCUGAUUCCCUCGCAUCGCUGGAAAGAAAUCGAAGUUACAGGACAUCACACGCGCAGCGCUCCAGCUAUCAUUUACAACGGGGAGAAGAAUGAUAAACUAUUCAAUACGCAACGACCCACCGCAACGAUAUUAGAGGGCGAUAAACUCCGCAUCAAUUGUUUUCCGGGCAGAGAUUAUGUGAAGCAUUAUGCUAAUAUCAUAGCCACGCAUUUAGCAAUUGAGGGUAGAGAUCCCGAGAUUGUGAAAGUUGUACUUCCUGAGGUGGAAGACGGGUAUGAGGUAUUCCUCAAAUCGAACCUAAGGGGUCUGGCGACCGAGAAGACGAAUUUGGUAAUUGUGGGAUCUUUUCCGGAGGAUAUCCUGAGCUUGAGUGAGCCUUGGAGCGGUAGAGAAAAUACAGAUGAGUUAUUUGCGUGGCAGACUAGUACCCGAGAAAAUGGAUUCAAAGCGACGAUUUUAAAAUGUCGGGUUUGUUUCUGGGGUGAUCUGGCGGGUCAAUUAGUGAGAUGUUUGAAGGAAAUUUGUGGUGCUUCUCUGCAAUGUGUGAUCUAUGUUGGGAAACUGGGCACGCUAGCCGAGGAACAUAUGCCGAAUUUGACGCUGGCAACUGGCUCGAGUAGUUAUGUUCGAGGAGAGUUUAUCGAGUGGGAAAAUCCGAUUAGUGAGGAGAUUUUGGGGAAGGAGGUGCAGAGGGGUGUGCAUUUUACGUCGGCUUCGGUGUUGGAUGAGGAUCAAGUGUGGUUUGAAAAGUUUAGGGAGAGGUUUUGUUGGGUGGAACCGGAGAUUGGUCAUAUGGCUUUCGCGGCGAUGGAGAUGAUGAUUAGGUUUGGAUAUCUUCAUAUUGUGUCGAAUAAUCUGGCGGGAAAGUUUGAGUAUGAUUUGGGGAAUGAGAGGGAGGUUGUGGUGCUCAGAAAUAGAGACUUGAUGAAUGAGUGGAUUGGGAGGAUUUUAAAUGAUUUUGUAGAAGAUUUGGAUAGGAAAUUGACGAAUGGAGCGUAAGAAUAAUUGGUAGAUGUUGGUAAUUU